AUGCACAGCGCGCCUGCUUUGAGCGCGACGUCAAGCUCGCCCCCACGGCACCUAAAGACUAGCUUCCUGAGGACGAUAUUCCCGGCGCGCUGGACUAGCGAGGAGAGCGGCAAUGGUAGCAGUUUCCGCGACGUUGGCGCCCGGCAGGGCCACAACGGUGAGCGCGUGCAGGGCCAAAUUGAGCAUGAGGCCGAAGAACUGCACGACAUCUAUCCAGUCUGUGGAUCGGCGGACCUCGCUGCCGCGCUGGAAGGAAGGAGGUUGCGUGCUGCUGUUCACUUCGGGGUGCGCGCGGAACGGGGGCGGUUAGAGACCAGAGUCUGA